AUGUACGCCAAAGGUAAAGGAGCUGUCGUCCCUUCCGAUAGUCAAGCGAGAGAAAAGUUAGCUUUAUAUGUGUACGAGUAUUUGCUGCACGUCGGCGCACAGAAAUCAGCACAGACCUUCCUGUCAGAGAUCCGAUGGGAGAAGAACAUUACACUGGGGGAGCCCCCUGGAUUCCUACACUCAUGGUGGUGUGUAUUCUGGGAUCUGUACUGCGCUGCUCCGGACCGGAGAGAGACAUGCGAACAUUCCAGCGAGGCCAAGGCUUUCCACGACUAUAGUGCAGCCGCUGCCCCCAGUCCGGUGAUGGGCAACAUGCCCCCCAACGAUGGCAUGCCUGGCGGACCCAUGCCCCCGGGCUUCUUUCAAGGACCUCCCGGCUCCCAGCCGUCACCCCACGCACAGCCACCCCCACACAACCCCAACAACCCUAUGAUGGGACCUCACGGCCAGCCUUUCAUGUCCCCACGGUACCCAGGUGGACCUCGUCCCUCACUUCGCAUGCCAAAUCAGCCACCUGUGGGAGUCCCAGGGUCACAACCACUCCUGCCAAACAGUCUGGAUCCCACCAGACCACAGGGACAUCCAAACAUGGGCGGCCCGAUGCGGAUGAACCCCCCCAGAGGGAUGGGCGGCAUGGGCCCACAGAACUAUGGUGGUGGAAUGAGGCCUCCUCCCAACUCGAUGGGGCCAGGAAUGCCAGGGAUGAACAUGGGUCCUGGAGGUCGAGGUUGGCCCAAUCCCAACGCAAACUCAAUAGCCUAUUCCUCCUCAUCUCCAGGAAACUAUGUGGGUCCUCCAGGGGGCGGAGGCCCACCAGGAACUCCCAUCAUGCCUAGCCCAGGAGACUCCACAAAUUCCAGUGAAAACAUCUACACAAUGAUGAAUCCUAUUGGCCCUGGUGGUAACAGACCUAAUUUCCCGAUGGGGCCGGGCCCUGAUGGCCCAAUGGGUGGAAUGGGAAGCAUGGAGCCACACCAUAUGAACGGAUCGCUAGGCUCUGGUGACAUGGAUGGGUUGCCAAAGAAUUCUCCCAACAACAUGGCAGGCAUGAAUAACCCCCCGGGAACUCCGCGGGAUGAUGGGGAGAUGGCAGGCAACUUUUUAAACCCAUUCCAAAGUGAAAGUUAUUCACCCAACAUGACGAUGAGUGUGUGAUUUAUUUUUUAUUUUAUUUUAUUCUAUUUUAUUUUGUUUCUUUUUUAUCUCUCCCCCUUACCCUCCCACCCCACUGCAUCUUGCAUUGCCCCCCCCCCCCCCCCCUCCCCCGGGUGGCGUGCUGUGUUUUGCAGUCCCCCCUCCCCCGGGAUGUCACUGGAGCGCAGGACUCCCAUCUAGAUCACCCAUCCCAGUGUGUGCAAAGUGGGGCUUCUGAGCAGGAAACAGUCUCAGAGCCACAGGAAGAGCCAGCUCAGUGACUCUCCCUGUCUGCCUGGUUUCCUCACAGGCCCAGGACAGUGAGAGUGGGGGACUCUGGCUGUCUUGUCUGCAGGAACCCUCCUCAGCAACAGUUCUCUCAGCAUCAAGGCUGGUGGCGCCACUCUACUUUAUCAUGUUAUUAUUUGUUUGUUCAAAUGUUGUUUUUGCAUGCAGCAGUUGCGAGGUUUGAGGCUCACCUUCAUUCAGUUAAUGUGUCCUUGUUUUGAAAUGAAAAGCUUAACUGGUGAUGCAUUAGGGCAAGAACAGUUUAUUAUAUGUUUAUUUUAUUAAUAAUAAUGAUAUCAUUUUCAUAAUUGAUAUUGUUGUAAUGAUGUAGUUAUCAUUUCCUGUUAAGGGCACAUUGUAUCUCAACAACAUCGACAACAGAAUAAGCACACACUCAAAAAAUGCACAAUGACACUUCUGUUUACAUGAUUUUAGGUAUUUGAUGUUUCUUGUUUGUUUAUUUGUCUCAACACCCUACGCAUACCUCUGUUCUGUUCUUCGCAGAACUUGUAGCCAAUGUCUUUACUACCAGAAAACCAUGGCACCAAAAUGUAAACACUCAAGCAGAGUGUGAUAGGAGUACAAGAAUAGCUGUUCACCUGCUUGAAAUCACUCAUCCAGGAAUGAUCCUUCCUAAGACUCCCAUCCAUGUUAGCACUGGAGUUCCCCAAAACGUGAAUGUGAAAAUGGAGGCGAUAUCAUAAACUUCUUUAUCCUUUGGUACUCUAGUCUGUCAGUCUUCUACAUGUCUGGUCACACGUACCCCUCCCAAAAUGUUGAGUCAGUGUAUAUAAGUGUUUGUUCAGGCUUGUUGCAUUACUGUGCAAAGAUGGACUGAUCAAAUGUAAUUUGGACAAUUGCUAAUUCUACUUUCAGUUCAGGUGGCUUUGAACAUGUAUUAUUCUGUCUUGCAACCUGUGUCCUUCCAAUUCAGUAAAGACAGAAAGGGUUUUACAGACCCUCUAUGUUCUUCUAUGGAUUUGCUCUUGCCUGUAAAUACAACAUAUUUAGCUUGUAUUGUGGUUGUUUAUUUGUUGUUUUGAUAUACAACUUGUCUGUGAAUCCUGAAAGUGGAUCCUUCUCGUCCUGCAUUGCUUCCCUGCAUACAAUCUCGAGGCUCAAUCUUUAUUUACUGAUUAUGUCAUACAGGCCACGUUCUAUCGGUUUUCAUGUCGUUGUUGUUGGUGUACAAACCUCUAUCUGCUUCCUUCCAGUUAGGGUUGAACUCACAGAUCCUUAUGAUCCGGUGUCUGACCCCUCUCACAUGCAACCAUAGUUUAGAGAGGGGCCAACUCCACAGAGCUCCCAUCCACCUGUUCCCUCUGUGGGUCUGGGCCUGUCCAUGGGCUGCUAGAUCCUGGGUAUGGGGUGGCUGUAGCACCACUGGUGAUGGGAGUGUGAAAUGACUGGAGUGACUGCACGGUGUGGCUUAAUUCACUCUCCUGCUACAAGAAAGGAGUGCUCUAUAGAACCGAGUAGCUUUUAGUCAACCUACUCACACUUGAAUAUGUACUUUGAGAAAUUAGAGAAUUCCACCUGGUUGGACUGAAUUGUGAGUCAAACAAUGUCUUUUAUUCUAGUUUUUUGUUUUGUUUUAAUUUCUAUGAAGUCUAUUCAAGAAAUUGUGUGCAAAAAAGGCCAUAGAAUAUGUACACCUAAGGAAUGAAUUGACCCAAGGCUGUUCCUCAAACUUUCAUGUGAUUUGCUUAUGUGUUGUGCUUCUCUAACCUGUUAAGUGGCAGAUACCGUUUAUUUCAAAAAGUCAUUUUUCAACAAGCUACAUAUUUCUGUUCUUAUUUAAUAUCAUUCUGGCCUCUGUCUGUGAUUGGUCUUUUGCCAGUGACCUUGCUAUAGUGUUGGCAGAUACUUUAUGGAGUAGCUUGGAUUCAGAGCUGAACAGGGACAUCUUCUGGGUAAGUUGUUUUGAGGAACGACUAGCUCCAGUGUUCCUCUAGCAGACUGACUGGCACACAGCCCUCUGUCCCCCACCCGCCCUCUACAAGCCCCAUCCUCACACUCUUGAGCCCUCCUUUCCUUUAAUUUCCUUUUUGUAAAUACUGUAUAAUGCAUUUUGAUAUCAUUGACAUGUUUUGAUAUGUCAGUCACUACCAAUGAAUACAGCUGAAAGUAAAUUAUAAAUGAACUGUCCAUGUUUUCAUAAUAAAGAGACGAUGUGCUGGACAUUUUGAUUGGCCAAAACAAAAUUGUGGUAAAAAUGAAAUAUGCAUGCAAAUUUACUUGAACAUGUGAACAUAGAGUAACUGCACCCUAAACACUUAUUUCUGGUCGGGAUACAUAUGUGAAAAUAAACUGUCAUCCAUUUAGCUGGGUUUGAGGUGUCAUUUUAUUAUCUUGUAAGGACAGAGAGGGCGGUGAAGGGGAUGUAUGAUGUCAAUGAUGUUGUUUAUUCUUGCAAUUGGAGCGUCCUCACUCUGUCCUUGUCUUCUAUUACCAAUAGAAAUAAUCUCAAAUGGUUUCUAAGAAUGGUUAUUGCCUACUCAAAGGCCAUCGUCUCAUUAAAACAUGUGACCACCUAUUAUUACAGUUUUUAAUAUGAAGGAUUUUUAUCAAUUUAAGAACUUUAAAAAGGAAAACAUACUUAAUGUCAUUUUAAAUUAAAGAAUAGAUCAAAAGUAAUGCUUAUGCGGAAAAACUGUGUCCUUGCUAUUCACUCCUGAUGAAAUAGCGUUGUAUAUAUUGAUUCUCACUGAUCCUCUCUCAGUCCUCUGUGUAUAACAAUUGUUGGCCAUCUCUGUACUUCUAUUGUGAUGUAUAAUACUGUAACAUUAGAAGAUUUGCGGGUGAUGGGAUGGUUGUGUGGGGCAGGGGUCAAGGGGAGGGGAUAUAAAUAUUCUCCUGUACCGUUCAUUGUCCUUUCUGACGACAUGGCAGUAUUCUAUAUGAAGCAGUCUGUCCCUUGGGUUUGCUUUGUAUUUCAUGGUAGGAUAGUUCUGAUCUUGUCUUAGGGAGUUAGGUGUCUUGUGUAGGUAAUAAAUAUGUCCUUUGUAUGUUUCUUUAUAUUGUAAAGUUUCUUUAGACUGAAAGAAAAACUGAUAAUUUGCUUAUCAAAAAAGAAACUGCAUCAAUAAUAAAUGUAAUUUGAUUUUU